ACAUUUAAAUUAGCAAAAGUUGAUUCGGGCACGCCUGUUUAGACUGUGUGCUUUAGACAAAUGCACUUAUAUCAUUAAAAUAUGUUUUCAGGUGAGGGACCCCUUAAUGGAUAGAUGGGAGGAACUUGGACUCCAAGUAAAUGUAUUAAAUUAGAUGGUAUGAUGGUUUAUGUAUUUCUUUUAUUUCAUUUAUUUUUGGGCUAUGGUUAAACAUCUCUUAAAUUUUUUUGUCUGGUUUUAGCCUAGACAACUUUGUUGUCUUUUGUAGGUAAUACAAUUGUAUUUUAAAAAAUGACUUCAGCCACAACCCGAAUAGUGUAAAUUGGGAUUAGAUGUAAUCAGAUGCUUUCAUUCCUCUAGUUAACCUGUUCUGAAAGAUAUCUUUGUAAAGCCGUGCAGUGACAGAUUUAAUAGGCGGGUCUAGUCUAUAAAUCUGAAACAGUUGUGAGAUGUGUCAGUUAGAUGGCAUACACAUAACUAUUCCUAUCACAGCGUUGCUCAGUUUUGUUUCAGAUGUAUCCUGACGGUCUCUUUUUCCUUUGGUUUGGAUUUACCGUGGUGAAGUUCAUAACCUGUUACAGUGAUGGAAGUUUAUUGACUGAAGAAUGUCAAGGAAUGAACAUCGUCCACUACAACAAUCUGAAACAAAUAAUAAGCUACACAGACAGUGCGUGCCCGUUCACUGUCACACCAGAUCAGAUGACCUUUAAUGAUUUACAAGUGGGACAUGAGAUUAACGUGACGCUUUCAGGGACGGAAACUGAUACAUUUAUAGGUUUUUUGUUGGAGGCUCGUAAGUGUGAGGACUGUCCACCUGCCGGUACUUUUAGUUUGACUGACACAAGCAAAACAGUCCUCCUGACCUGUGAUGGCCAAAAUGGCAGAGCGGUGAGCCAUGCUGAUAACUUGGACAAAAGCAGCAUUGCAGUAAAAUGGAUUGUCCCUGAGGCAGGAACUUUCUUCUUCAGAGCUGCGGUCACGCAGACAUACGGAGCGUUUUGGCUAAGAAAGGCAAUAAUACUUACAACAACUGCACCCAAAACAACACCAACACCUAAAAACAUAUCUGCAAACUCCACUACAACCAUCACCUCAAUCUCUGCUGCAAAGUCCACUGCCAAACCCACCACAAGCCGUGCUUUAAAAACCACUGCCAAAACCACCACAAGCCGUGCUUUAAAAACCACUGCCAAAACCACCACAAGCCGUGCUUUAAAAACCACUGCCAAAACCACCACAAGCCGUGCUUUAAAAACCACUGCCAAAACCACCACAAGCCGUGCUUUAAAAACCACUGCCAAAACCACCACAAGCCGUGUUUUAAAAACCACUGCCAAAACCACCACAAGCCGUGCUUUAAAAAACACUGCCAAAACCAUCACAAGCACUGCUUUAAACUCCACUCCCAAAACAACCGCAAUCCCUGCUGCAAACUCCACUGCCAACACCACCGCAAUCUCUGCUGCAUACACUGUAGUCAUCAAUUUAAACCUCCAUACAGUCAUCAAUGCAGUCAUUAAUUCAGAGACCCUUACAUCCAUCACUGCAUCCAUUACUGCGGUCUUUAAUGCAAACAACAUUGGAAACAUCACUACAGGCAUCACUGCAUACAUCAAUGCAGUCAUUAAUUCAAAGACCCUUACAUCCAUCACUGCAUCCAUUACUGCAGUCUUUAAUGCAAACAACAUUGCAAUUUCCACUACAAACAUGACUACAGGCAACACUGCAUAUGUCAAUGUAGUCUUCAAUGCAGACAUCACUGCAGUCUCCACUGCAGUCAUCAAUACACAAACAGUAUAUGUUGUUAUUGUUUCCUUUAUUAUCCAUUAUUGUUUUUUAUAGUUCUUUGCAUUUUAAAUUAACUAAUUUCUGUAAUGUAUAGUAAUUGUAAUUGUGUAUAUGCCCAUUACACUUUCAGGACUUACGUUUGUUGCUGGUCUCAUUUAUUGUUUUUAAGAACCAUAAUAGUGGCACAUUUAAAAUAUGAUUUCUUUUUAUUCAUACUUCCUUAAAACUUAUAUACACAUAUAUCAAAAAGAUGCUCUAUUGGGUUGAGAUCUGGUGACUGUGGGGACCAUUUUAGCACAGUGAACUCAUCGUCAUGUUCAAGAAACCAAUUUGAAAUGAUUCGAGCUUUGUGACAUGGUGUAUUAUCCUGCUGGAAGUAGCCAUCAGAGGAUGGGUACAUGGUGGUCAUAAAGGGAUGGACAUGGUCAGAAGCAAUGCUCAGGUGGCAUUUAAAGGAUGCCCAACUGGCACUAAGAGGUCUAAAGUGUGCCAAAGAAAACAUCCCCCACACCAUUACACCACCAACACCAGCCUACACAGUGGUAAAAAGGCAUGAUGGAUCCAUGUUCUCAUUCUGUUUACGCCAAAAUCUGACUCUACCAUCUGAAUGUCUCAACAGAAAUCAAGACUUAUCAGACCAGGCAACAUUUUUCCAGUCUUCAACUGUCCAAUUUUGGUGAGCUCGUGCAAAUUGUAGACUCUUUUUCCUAUUUGUAGUGGAGAUGAGUGGUACUCGGUGGGGUCUUCUGCUGUUGUAGCCCAUCCACCUCAAGGUUGUGCGUGUUGUGGCUUCACAAAUGCUUUGCUGCAUACCUCGGUUGUAACGAGUGGUUAUUUCAGUCAAAGUUGCUCUUCUAUCAGCUUGAAUCAGUCAGCGCAUUCUCCUCUGACCUCUAGCAUCAACAAAGCAUUUUCGCCCACAGAACUGCCGUAUACUGGAUGUUUUUCCCUUUUCACACCAUUCUUUGUAAACCCUAGAAAUGGUAGGGCGUGAAAAUCCCACUAACUGAGCAGAUGAGCAGCCACAGUGUGUCUGUGUUAUUAUGUGGUAUGCAGAUUAUAUACAGUCUUCAUUUAAGGGGCCAUUCACCUUUCGUGAAAAAAAAAUUAUGACAAAACUUUUCUACUUCUAUCCAAAGUGAUAGAACUGCCAACACAUGCUCUGCGCUCCCUGUUGAGCUUGCUUAUCAGCGCAUUUAAAAAAUACAAUCGUAACAAACAGGUUUGCUCACAUUAAGUUAAAAGAAUGUUGCUUUUGAUGUGAAACAACACUGCAAAAAAUUUUCUGUAGAAAUUAUAGUAUUACUGGGUAUUACUGGCAACUAGCUGGCAGUAACUUACUGUAGAUUUUACAUUUAUGUUAUUUACUGGCAACAGUUUGUUCAAAGUUAAAUGAACAUGAAACAUUUUCAGUCUUUAUCUUCUACAGUAAGUUACUGGCAACCAGCUGCAUAAUUACAGCUAAUUUUUUACAGUGAAUGUAAUAAAACCAUCAUCCACUUUAGUUUUUAAAACCUCCAAUACUAAAUUAAUAAAGCAGCCUGAAUAUGUAAUACUAUAAUAACCACGUGGCAUUCAAUUUGUUAAGUGUUCUAGUUGCCAAUCUCUUAUUUUAAAUUGCCUUGGUCAUGCUUGGUUUGAUAAACUUUUCAUUUGUGUGUUUA